AUGUCUCAACAGCAAUAUGAUUGCGUCAUCACGAAUGGCAUUCUCGUGACUGCAAACGAAAUUCUCCCCGCUGGUCUAGACAUUGGUAUCAAAGAUGGAAAAAUUGCUGCAAUUGGACACAAUCUGGCAACAGGACAAAUGGAUGCCAAAGUGAUAGAUGCUGAAGGUGCCUACAUCACCCCAGGUGGAAUAGAUUCACAUACGCACAUUCAACAAGACAAUAUGCCAACUGGCGACACCUGGGAGAGUGCUUCACGGAGUGCCAUUGCAGGCGGAACAACUACUGUUCUCGCUUUCGCCGGCCAAAAACGUCAUGAAACCUCGGUGCUGGACGUCGUGCAGCAAUAUCACGCCAAGGCAAACGGCCAAGUGUAUUGUGACUACGGAUUUCACCUUGUCGUCACAAAUCCCACCCAGGAAAUACUUCAAGACCAGAUGUCAAAGUUAGUCAAUGAGGAAGGUAUUACUUCUGUCAAACUGUACAUGACAUACGAGCCAUACAAACUCAAUGACGGCGAAUUACUCGAUGUCAUGCUGUCUUGCCGUAGUUUGGGCAUGACCACCAUGAUACAUGCGGAAAAUUCAGACAUGAUUGCCCUUGUCAUCAAGCGUCUUGAAGCAAAAGGCAACACAGACCCUUUCUUCCAUGCAGUCGCAAGACCGCGCAUUGCAGAAGACGAGGCGUCGUACCGGGCCAUCUCGCUGGCUGAACUCAUCGAUGCCCCUAUUCUUCUUGUACACAUGUCUUCUGAAUCGGCCCUUGAGCAUGUCAUGGCUGCCCAAGCGCGCCUGCUGCCAGUUCAUGCCGAGACAUGUCCCCACUACCUGUUUCUUCUUUCCGAAGAGAUUAAGCAAUGCAGCAACAGUGACCAUUCUCAUGGCACUAAGUUCAUCUGUGCACCGCCUUUGCGCCACCAUCCGUCAGAUCUUGAGGGGUUGUGGCGCGGCCUCGCCAACGGAGCGUUCACUGUCUGGUCCUCGGACCAUGCCGCGACAAAGUACGACCACCCUCUAGGAAAAAAAGCUGGCAUUAUUGACGGUGUUGUUCGCUUUUCCAAGGUACCCAAUGGGUUACCGGGCCUAGAGACGAGGAUGGCGUUACUGUUCAACCAGUCGGAAGCGUGUCUACCACCCGAAAAGGCGCGUAUCACUUUGCCACAGUUUGUGAAACUCACAGCAAGCAAUGCAGCCAAGCUAUAUGGGAUGGAUGACCGAAAGGGAACUUUGAUGGCGGGAUUCGAUGCGGAUUUGGUCAUCUGGUACCCGCCUGGGGAUCCGAGAGGCAAUGUGACUAUCAGCCAAGGAAAACUCCAUCACGGCGUUGAUUACACACCGUUUGAAGGUCUCGUUGUUCAGAACUGGCCCAGAUACACGAUUCUCAGAGGCAAUGUUGUGUGGCAACAUGACGGUGCCGGUAUUGUGGGAACAAAGGGCUUUGGGCAGUUCUUGCGUCGUAACAAGGGAAAACUUGUCACGGGCAGGAUGGGCCAACAAGGAAGAGGUAUGAUACCAGGAGAACGAGAUCUUUGGCUGUGA